AUGGCGAGAGUUAAGAGUGUAGCUGGCAUAAACAAAUUCAUCAAGCUGGAAUCGGGUGACUUAUGUUACCAGCAAUUUCGUCUACAAGGAAGUUUCAGUGAGUAUGAAGGUUGUUUAUAUUUAAGUGAUGUGUGUUACUGGUUGUAUAUGAACAAUGAAAAAUGUGCAGGUGAAUUGCAAGUUGUGUUCAAUGAUAAUCAAGCUUUACAUAAUGUGCUGAACAGACCGUCUGCUAAACAAACAAUGUUCUUAGCUUGGUUUCAAGCAAAUAAGAUGUAUCCAGAAGCUAGAGAUAUUAAGUAUGCAAAUUUUCCACAACAAUUUGUGUACCAUGAAGACUCUUUAAGGUGGGAGCCUAGAAAAAAAGGAUUUGCAAUUGGAAGAAUUAGAAGUGUUCCCCCAGGAAAGGGAGAAGACUAUUACCUGAGAUUGCUACUUAAUAUUCAGAAAGGUUGCACAAGUUUUGAAGACAUCAGAACUGUCAAUAACAAUAUCUACCCAACGUUUAGGGAUGCAUGCUAUGUAUUGGGAUUGUUAGAUGACGAUAAAGAGUACAUAGAUGCUAUCAAAGAAGCAAGUACAUGGGCAAACGGAGGUUACAUCCGAAGGUUAUUUGUUGUCCUGUUGAUUUCAAAUAGUUUUACAAGACCAGAACAUGUUUGGGAAAGCUGUUGGUCAGAUUUGUCAGAUGAUAUUGCAUACAAACACCAACAACUUCAUAAUAAUCCAGAUUUCACUUUAUCAGAUGACAGUUUAAAAAAUUAUGCUUUACUUGAUAUUGAGAAAAUCAUGCAAAGCAACGGUAAGAGUUUACGUAAUUAUGACUCUAUGCCGCUUCCAAUUGAAUCAUUGGUAGAUGAAAGAGAGAACAGGUUAGUGCUCGAUGAACUAGAGUAUGAUGUGUUUGCUAUGCGUGACGAACUUUCAAAAUAUCUUUCUACUAUCACCAUAGAGCAGAAAAAAGUUUAUGACACAAUCAUGUCUGCUGUAACAAACAAGAGUGGUGGAAUGUACUUUUUGUAUGGUCAUGGUGGGACAGGAAAGACAUUUAUAUGGAAAACAUUAUCUGCUGCAGUUCGUUCUAGAGGAGAAAUUGUUAUUAAUGUUGCAUCAAGUGGUAUUGCAUCGCUACUACUUCCGGGUGGUAGAACAGCUCAUUCUAGAUUUGGACUUCCAAUAAUUGUGCAUGAAGGUUCCACUUGCAGCAUCAGUCAACAAAGUCCACAGGCAGAGUUAUUGAUGAAAGCAAAUCUUAUUAUAUGGGAUGAAGCGCCAAUGAUGCAUAGAUAUUGUUUCGAAGCACUAGACAGCACCAUGAGAUCUAUUUUACAGUCGGACGAACCUUUUGGUGGAAAGGUGGUUGUUCUAGGAGGUGAUUUUAGGCAGAUUUUGCCAGUUAUUUUAAAGGCAUCCAGACAAGAUAUUGUUCAUGCUACGAUUAAUUCAUCACCAUUGUGGAAAAAUUGUAAAGUCCUAACGUUACAGAAAAAUAUGAGGCUUCAAUCGUGUGCUUCUACCUGUACUGUAGAGGAAAUAAAAGAAUUUGCAGAUUGGAUACUAAAAAUUGGUAAUGGUGAGAUUGGAGAGGAAAACGAUGGUGAAGCUUCAAUUGAAAUUCCACAUGAUAUGUUAAUUCUUGAUUCAGAGGACCCCUUUUCAGAGUUGUUGCAGUUUGUUUAUCCAGAUUUGUUAAGUAAUAUUUUCACUCCAGAUUACUUCCAAGGUAGAGCAAUUCUCGGACCUACUAAUGAAAGUGUAGAUUUUAUUAAUGAUUAUUUGUCGUCACUCAUCCCUGGAGAAGAGAAGGAAUAUUUGAGCUCAGAUAGUAUUUGCAAAGAUGAGGCAACUUCUGAAGUUAACGCGGAAAUUUAUUCACCAGAAUUCCUCAACACCAUAAAAUGCUCCGGACUUCCUUCGCAUAAGUUGAGAUUAAAAGUUGGGGUUCCGGUUAUGCUCAUAAGAAAUAUCGAUCAAGCUAGGGGAUUGUGCAAUGGAACUAGGCUUCAAGUUACUCAAAUGGGAACCCACGUUAUUAACUGUAAGAUUCUUUCUGGUAAGCAUGUUGGUGAUAUGGUAUUUAUUCCUAGAAUGACUUUGAUACCUUCGAAUUGCACAUUGCCAAUCAAAUUUCAACGACGACAAUUUCCGGUGAUUGUUUCAUUUGGCAUGACAAUUAACAAAAGUCAAGGACAAACACUUUCACAUGUCGGUCUAUACCUUCCACGACCUGUUUUCAGCCACGGACAAUUAUAUGUGGCAUUGUCUAGAGUAAAAAGUAGGUCUGGCAUAAAGAUACUCAUCAACUCUGAAUCAGGUGAACUGUGCAAUGUCACUAAUAAUGUUGUGUACAAGGAAGUGUUUCAACGAAUAUGA